CCUCUCCUCUCCGCCCACUCCACUCGCCACAGCAGGCUAGCACACCACACCAGACCCACCUCACAACACCGCAAUGAAGGUCAACGCUCGCCAGAUCCUCGCCGGUAUCGCCGCCGGCGGCGCCGCCACUGACGGCCUCAACGGCACCGCUACGCCCGCCGAGGCGUCCCUCACGACGGCUGAGCUCACCAACGCUGCUCUCCUUCCCUUCUCGAAGCAGUGCCGCGCCGCGCUCAAGGAGGUCGUCAAGUCCGACGGCCCCGUCGGCCAGUGUCUCCACACGUCCCUCGUCUGGGCCGGCCUGAACCAGAACGCGUCCCUCGUGCCCUACCUCGACAAGUGGGUGCAGGCGACGUGCACCGACGCGCCGUGCUCGGCGGCGCUGCUGUCCAAGGCGGCCGACUUCAUCGCCGACAACUGUAACGACCAGGAGUCGGGCCUGAGCGUGCCCCGCAAGUGGGCGCACGAGAUUGUCAGCCUGUACCCGCUCGCGCGCGAGAUCUCGUGUCUCCAGACCGAGACCAAGUUCCCGUACUACCCCGGCGCUGAGGGCGCCAACAACGCAACCGCCACGAACGGCACGACGGUCGACACCAACGGCACGGCCGCGACCAACGGCUCCGCCGUCGGCGUCCUCCCCGUGCCUAUUGGCGGCAACGCCACCGUCGCCAACGGCACCGCCGCGGCCACGAACGCGUCUGCGGAGACCGGCCCAGAGUACUGCCUCGUCGGCAUCGCCGCCGAGCUCGAGGCCGCCCUCGGCCACCCCUUCGACGUCAAGUCGCUCAUCCAGCUCGCGUCCCUCAACCAGACGUCGGCGUCGGCCCUCGUCGCCAAGAUCCCCAAGAACGUCAUCUGCAGCGACUGCGUCUACGCCACCCUCGACCUCGUGUACCAGUCCGUGCCCGACUGGUUCAUCGUCCACCCCGACCCCAACGUGACGUUCACCCCCGACGCUGUGGCUGCCACCAACGGCUCGGUCGUGAACGGCACCACUGUCGACACGAACGCGACCGUCGCCACCAACGCCACCGUCGAGGGCAACAACGCCACUGCGACCAACGCCUCGGCCGUCGCUAACGGCACCGACGCCAACUCCACCGGCACCCCCUCGCCCAUCAUCGCCCUCCUCCAGGGCUACUGCGGCUACACGCUCACCUCGAACGGCACCAUCCCCGACUCGAUCAGCCUCGGCGCCAAGGACUCGACCUACACCCACCAGAUCGUCGCCGCCAACGGCACUGUUCUGUUCACUCCUCCCCCUCCCCCCGCCACCAACGGCACCACUGUCGAGGGCGGCAACGGCACUGUCGGCACCAACGGCACGACCGGCACCAACGGCACUCUCCCCACCAACGGCACCCUCCCUACCAACGGCACCGUCGGCACCAACGGCACUGUCGGCACUAACGGAACCACCGGCACCAACGGCACCGUUGGCGGCAACACCACCGUCGGCGGCGGCAACACCACCCUCAACGGCACGACCCCCGUCGGCGGCGGCAACGGCACCAACGUCACCUCGCCCCUUCCUGUCGUCUCGUCGUCGGUGUCCUCGGCCUCGGCCUCCGAGUCCGCCACUGCCACCGUCUCCGUGUCAGUGAUCCCCUCGGUCAGCCCCUCGGCCACCGCUGCCUCCGAGUCGGCCGCGGUCACCACCGUCCCUGCCGUCUCGGUCUCGGCUUCCGCCUCCGCCUCGGCCUCGCCCGUCGGCAUCGCUGGCCGCAGGCGCAACAACUUCUUCUAGACGGGGCAUACAUGAACGCUUUCGCUGGUGCGCAGCAAAAGCUCCCAGCACCUUACCCCACCCACUUGGGGUUGUUACAUAAUGUCCCCUACAUACAUAUAAUUGAUGAAUCGUGUACUCGCAGA